AUGCCCGUAAUCUUGGAUCCAACCAGUCAAAACUACAAACGCACUGCUAUUCACUGUUUUUUCAAAGCAGGAAUCGAAGCUUCAGAUGUAGUCAAAAAACUGGAUGAGACUUUCCCAGCAACUACAGCACAAGAAGUGACUUCCUGGUUCAAUCGCUUCAAAGAGGGAAAUUUGGAAAUUGGAGAACAGAUAAGCUCCAUUGUUCUGAAAAGAGAGAUACAUGAUUCAGGGGUAGCCGACGAUCAGCCACCAGCUCGAGUGAAUCCAGCUGACGUGAAACGAGAAGUGGAAGAAGAUGGAACUCGUCCAAAUAACCAACAACUUUUUUUCCGUUCCAACCCAAUGCAACAAACUAAAGGAGGUUUUCAAUUGAAUCAAUCGCCUCCAAUCGUUCAAAGACCCCAAGACCAAGCACCUAUGAUACCAAUGCACCGCUUCCAUAUCGACGGUGGAAGUGCCUGGAACUGGCCUCCAAGUCGAGUUCAUGUAAUGGGAGAGAUGCAACUUCCGGUGCCGCGGAACACACCACCUAUUGCAAAACUACCUGUGGAGAGAAGCAUAGAGGGCAACGUGAGAAACUCUUUGAGUGUCAGCAUUCGCUUAGAUGUCGAUUGUGUUACUCUUCAGUUAAAACGUCCGGAUGAUUCACAGACAACCAUGGAUUUCACGAAAAGGACUGGAAAUCGCUGUGAGAUUGACAUAACUGGAACGCCAACAAAUAUUGUCCGCAAUUGGUACAUCGCGGAAGCCUUGAGAGAGUUCAAGAAAAUAUUGAGAUUUCAUGGAAUGCGAUUCACUUCAUUAGCUAUUACCUCCGCGGAGGAUGAACGAGACAGAGUAGCAUUUAUGGAAAUAAUCGGGAAAACAUUCCAAAAAUUAACUGAGAAGUUGUACGUUUAUGAGCUCGAAAUUGGUGUCAAUAAAAAAUCGGAAAUGUUUCCAAUCCUGGAGAAAGUUCAUGUGGGACCUCUGAAAAGAUUCUCGUUGAGCGGCAGAAGCGACAUCAAUGAACGUAUCUACCUUGAAGACACUCCAAGUUUGGCACUGCAUGUGCCUCAUUUGCGAUUCUUGCACUGGCAGAAUUUGGAGAACGAUAUCCCGCUGCAGUACUUUACCGAUCUUAUUUCUUACCAAGGCCAUCAACGCACAAUCUCAAGAGCACAAGUUGCGCUUUACAAAAAUAAAAUCUGCCAAUCCGAGCAAUUCGUCGAGAGCAUCAUUUAUGGAAAUAUUAGUGAAGACUUGGUGGCGACACUAAAACCAUUCGAUCAACCAGAACCUUAUGACACUUCCAUUGGGAGCUGGGUGACAACGGAUCGUCAUACAAUCAGAAUCUACUUCAAGUUUGAUCCGAAUGCAUUACAAUUCCAAAAAUCCACUUUCAAAAUUCGAUAA